AUGGCGGAGAAAAGUGUGGAGCUUCCGGGAGACUUUCCCUUCAUCAAAGUCGAUGGCAAGCCUGAUGGCACUGCCAACGAUGUUGGCAGCGCAGGUCGUUCUAUGGGUAGCCAUUCCAGCACCGCAGUCACCAAGAGCAAGGUCAAUGGCACAGUCGAUGGAACCACUGAGACCCAUGUAACCGCAUCUAUUUCAUCCGGAGGUGAGAGUAGAUCGUCUAUCAAUGAAGAGUCCGUGAAUGCUCAUGUUGUUGAUGCCGACGCUGCUGGUGUCACCGAGGUUCAAGACGAUGACCAACAGGCCGUCGCAUCUAUCGUGAGUGGCCUAUCCGAGUUACCCAAUAAAAAGAAGAAAAAGAGAAGCAAGAGACCGGGCAAGUCUACCAGAAAAAUAAGCGGCUUCGAACCAAAUUUUGCCGAUGUUCCCGUGACACCCGACGAAUACAAGGAGGAGAGAGGAAUCUAUGCAUCCCACGUCCCUUUCCCCGAACGCAUUGAGCAGUGCAUCCAGCGCUACCGUGCCCGCCGCCGCUGGGAUUGCACCCGUAACUUCAUCUUCGACAGAUACCUGCUUCUCGGUGGGAUCGACUCGACACAGCGCCAGUUCACUGGUAUGGACACCGAUACUAUCAAGCUCUCCACUGCCGAUGAGAUCCGCCAGAUGACCGCCAGAGAUGUCAUCCACUACGGUACUGCUGGCUCCAAAUUCUAUGAUAUCGACGACCACGAGCAGUGGGACGUGGACUUCGUAGGCGUUGUGAAGGGCUUCCUGUCUCGCGAGGUCCCCCAGGUCUGCCCCCGAGGUGGAGACUCCAAUGCCAACAACAAGGAAGCGGCGAGCCUGGUUACCAACUUCUUGAACUACAUAAUGAUGCACGAUGUCUGCCCCGAAUACAAGUCGCAGCUCAUGCAGGCCAGGGAAAUCUGCCACGUUGCCCCUACCGAAAUUCGUCACGCCAAUGAGCUCUUCGUAGAGCUACCCGGUUCCUUCAAUGCUGCGGCACGAUUCCUCUUCUGCGAGGGAGGCAUCUACAGACUGAACGAGCCUACGCAGGAGCCGGCUGCCGUUGAUAAGACCUCCAAGCCAGAUGGUGAUAUGGAGGAGGAUGAGUCUCAUGCUGAAGAAUCGUACCCGUUCACCCAGUUCAUCCGAUUCCGCCUAACCGUGUUAGACAAGAUCCCAGACCCCAAGUUGAAGGACAUUAUAACGAAAGGAGAACCUACCCAGAUCCGGAUCAUCAGUACCAAGACAGAAACCUACCAGGUAGUCGACAUCGAGCGUAUCAAGAAGAGUCACAAGAAGACACUUGAGAAGCUUCUCGACGAGAUGGGCUACGGAGGCAAGGUCAAGCCUGCCGGUCUACUCGUCCUCUGUCCGAGCAUCAUAGAGCAUGCAUAUUCGAACCUCCCUCGCCCCGAAGAAGUCGACUUCAGCAAACACCUAACCGAGUCUUUCUUCAUCGAUGACGAUAUGCUCGCUAAGUUUAAGAAGGGCAUGAGGAUGAAGCUGGUGAUUUGCGAGCUGAACAUUGGCCUGUCGUUUAUCAAGGAUUGCAUCGAUAUCACGGUCAGUUUCGACACGUUCCUACCCCAGAGCUUGAUGCACGGCUGGAAGGAUCCCGUCGAGAACGAAAGACCUGCGCCGUCGGUAGAGAAUCCCAAUGCGGAGGAGAAGGCCAUGGACCCUAGUGUGAAGGAGGAGACUGUCAACUCCGGCGUGGAGACAAAGGCUCUGAGCACUCUCCCCACGGUAGAGAAGGAAUAG